UCCGCUCCUUUGCUAUAAAGAUGGCUUCUCAUCAUCACAGUCUCAAUAUCACUUACUAACAAUCUUAACUGUCUUUGUUUUGUAAUAGAAGUACAGAGAAAAGAUGGUGCUCAAGGUGUACGGACCUCACUUUGCUUCACCCAAGCGUGCUCUGGUAACGCUCAUCGAGAAGGGUGUUCCCUUCGAGACCGUCCCCGUCGAUCUCAUGAAAGGAGAACACAAACAGCCUGCUUAUCUCGCCUUACAGCCUUUCGGUACCGUUCCUGCUGUUGUCGACGGUGACUACAAGAUCUUCGAGUCACGUGCGGUGAUGAGGUACGUAGCUGAGAAGUACAGGUCCCAAGGACCAGACCUUUUGGGCAAAACCGUAGAAGAAAGAGGACAAGUAGAGCAGUGGCUCGACGUAGAGGCGACUACUUACAACCCACCUCUACUUAACCUCACACUCCACAUCAUGUUCGCAUCAGUCAUGGGAUUCCCAUCUGAUGAGAAGCUGAUCAAGGAGAGCGAGGAGAAGCUCGCAGCUGUGCUCGACGUCUACGAGGCACAUCUCUCCAAGAGCAAGUACUUGGCUGGUGAUUUCGUCAGCUUGGCUGAUUUGGCUCACCUCCCUUUCACUGAUUACUUGGUUGGUCCUAUUGGGAAGGCUUACUUGAUCAAAGACAGGAAGCACGUUAGCGCGUGGUGGGAUGAUAUUAGCAGCCGUCCUGCUUGGAAGGAGACUCUUGAGAAGUAUUCAUUCCCUGCUUAAAGAUGAUGAUGAUGAUGAUCAUGUUCUUGUUCUUUGUUUGUGUGUUUGGAGUUUCUAAGCAAUGCCUGUGUUUAAUGUGAGGUUUAAUAAAGAGUGAAUCUGUAUUCCUCCCUCCUCUUAUCUUAUGUAUGUUACAUCUCUCUUGUGUUUCCCUUUGUGCACUCUGUGAUUGAGUGAGGCUUUUAUUAGAGGAACUUGAUUAUCUAUCUUCUGG